AUGUCAACCACUGAUGCAUCAACCACAACUCUGUCUGACAACACAACACCUAUUGAUGCAACAUCAACUUUGGAUUCCUCAACAUCCCCUCUAAUGUCAACCACUGAUGCAUCAACCACAACUCUGUCUGACAUCAAAACAACUACUGAUGCAACAACAUCUUUGGCUACCACACCCACCUUUCCAACGCCCUCUACUGUGGCACUAGCCGCAACAAUAUCUGAUGCAGCAACCACACCUCUGCCUGACACCACAACUACUACUGAUGCAACAACAUCUUUGGCUACCACACCCACCUUUCCAACGCCCUCUACUGUGGCACUAGCCGCAACAAUAUCUGAUGCAGCAACCACACCUCUGCCUGACACCACAACUACUACUGAUGCAACAACAUCUUUGGCUACCACACCCACCUUUCCAACGCCCUCUACUGUGGCACUAGCCGCAACAAUAUCUGAUGCAGCAACCACACCUCUGCCUGACACCACAACUACUACUGAUGCAACAACAUCUUUGGCUACCACACCCACCUUUCCAACGCCCUCUACUGUGGCACUAGCCGCAACAAUAUCUGAUGCAGCAACCACACCUCUGCCUGACACCACAACUACUACUGAUGCAACAACAUCUUUGGCUACCACACCCACCUUUCCAACGCCCUCUACUGUGGCACUAGCCGCAACAAUAUCUGAUGCAGCAACCACAACUAUACCUGACACCACAACAACUACUGAGGCAACAACAACUUUGGAUUCUACAACCACCCCUCUAAUGUCAACCACUGAUGCAUCAACCACAACUCUGUCUGACACCACAACAACUACUGAUGCAACAAUUUUGGCUUCCACAACCACCCCUCCAAAAUCCUCAACUAUAGCACCAAUGUCAACAACUGAUGCAGCAACCACAACUAUACCUGGCAGCACAACAACUACUGAUGCAACAACAACUUUGGAUUCCACACUGUCUGAUGCCAAAACAACUACUGAUGCAACAACUUUGGCUUUCUCAACCAUCCCUCCAACAUCCUCAGCUACAGUAUCAAUAUUGACAAAUGAUGGAAUUACAUCAACUAUGCCUGACUUUUCAACAACUAUUGAUUCAACAUCAACUUUAGCUACUGCAACCACACUUUCAACAGCUUCAACUGUGGCACAAAUGUCAACAACAACUAAUGCAAGAACAAAAACUCUGUCUGACACCACAAAAAACACUGAUGCAACAAUUUUGACUUCCUCAACCACCCCUCCAAAAUCCUUAAUUAUAGCACCAAUGUCAACAACUGAUUCAGCAACCACAACUUUGCCUGAUACCACAACAACUACAUAUGCAACAACAUCUUUGGCUACCUCAACCACCUUUCCAACACCCUCAACUGUGGCACCAGCGGCAACAAUAACUGAUGCAGCGACUACAACUCUGUCUGACACAACAACAACUACUGAGGCAACAUUUUUUGCUUCCACAACCACCCCUCUAAUGUCAAUCACUGAGGCAUCAAGCACAACUCUGUCUGAUGCCAAAACAACUACUGAUGCAACAACUUUGGCUUUCUCAACCAUCCCUCCAACAUCCUCAGCUACAGUAUCAAUAUUGACAAAUGAUGGAAUUACAUCAACUAUGCCUGACUUUUCAACAACUAUUGAUGCAACAUCAACUUUAGCUACUGCAACCACACUUUCAACAGCUUCAACUGUGGCACAAAUGUCAACAACAACUAAUGCAAGAACAAAAACUCUGUCUGACACCACAAAAACCACUGAUGCAACAAUUUUGACUUCCUCAACCACCCCUCCAAAAUCCUCAACUAUAGCACCAACGUCAACAACUGAUUCAGCAACCACAACUCUGCCUGACACCACAACAACUACUGAUGCAACAACAUCUCUGGCUACCUCAACCACCUUUCCAACACCCUCAACUGUGGCACCACUGGCAACAAUAUCUGAUGCAGCAACUACAACUCUGUCUGACAUCACAACAACUACUGAAGCAACUACAACUCUGUCUGACAUCACAACAACUACUGAAGCAACUACAACUCUGGAUUCCACAACCACCCCUCUAAUGUCAAACACUGAGGCAUCAACCACAACUCUGUCUGACACCAAAACAACUACUGAUGCAACACUUUUUUUUUCCACAACCACCCCUCCAAAAUCCUCAAGUUUUGCACCAAUUUCAACAACUGAUGCAGGAACCACAACUCUGUCUGACACCACAAAAACCCCUGAUGCAACAAUUUUGACUUCCUCAACCACCCCUCCAAAAUCCUCAACUAUAGCACCAACGUCAACAACUGAUUCAGCAACCACAACUCUGCCUGACACCACAACAACUACUGAUGCAACAACAUUUUUGGCUACCACAACCACUUUUCCAACACCCUCAACUGUGGCACCAGUGGCAACAAUAUCUGAUGCACCAACUACAGCUCUGUUUGACACCAAAUCAACUACUGAUGCAACAAUUUUUGCUUCCACAACCAGCCCUCCAAAAUCCUCAACUAUAGCACCAAUAUCAACAACAGAUGCAGCAACCACAACUAUACCUGACACCACAACAACUAUUGAUACAACUACAGCUUUGGCUUUGACAAGCACUGUUUUAAUAUCCUCAAGUAUUGCACCAAUUUCAACAAAUGAUGCAGCAACCACAACUCUGUCUGACACCACAAAAUCUACUGAUGCUACAAUUUUGACUUCCACAACCACCACUCCCACAUCUUCGGCUUUAGCACCAACUAUUGCACCAAUUUCAACAAAUGAUGCAGCAACCACAACUCUGUCUGACACCAAAACAACUACUGAUGCUACAAUUUUGACUUCCACAACCACCCCUCCCACAUCUUUGACUGUAGCACCAACGUUAACAACAGCCGAUGAAUCAACCACAACUCUGCCUGACACCACAACUACUACUGAUGCAACAGCAACUUUGGAUUCCACAACCACCCCUCUAAUUUCAACCACUGAUGCAUCAACCACAACUCUGUCUGACACCAAAACAACUACUGAUGCAGCAACUUUGGCUUCCACAAACAUCACUCCAACAUCAUCAGCUACAGUACCAAUGUUGGCAAAUGAUGGAAUUACAUCAACUAUGCCUGACUUUUCAACAACUAUUGAUGCAACAGCAUCUUUACCUACCAUGACCACACUUUCAACAGCUUCAACUGUGGCACAAAUGUCAACAACAACUGAUGUAUUAACCACAACUCUGUCUGACACCCCCAGAACUACUGAUGCAACAACAACUUUGGAUUCAACAACCACCCCUCUAAUGUCAACCACUGUUGCAUCAACCACAACUCUGUCUGACACCACAGCAAAUAUUGAUGCAACAACAACAAACUUGACUUCUACAACCACCCCUCCAGUGUCAACAUCUGAUGGAGCAACCGCAAUUAUGCCCAGCUACCACAACAACUAUUGA